CUGUGACUCUUGCUCGCUCGCUCGCAGCAGCACGCAUCGGUAUCCCAUCCCCCUCGCAUCAACACUCACACACUACGCACCGCAUCCCUCCUCUUGUACUCUCCAUACGCAGCCAGAUUGAUUUUCCCUGUUCCCCCCUCCCCUCCCCCCUCCCUCGGCGCGCCAAAGCUUGUUGAUUGUGGCAACAACCCUACAUAACUAGCCACACACAACAUGUCCCGCGCACGUAUCGUCAACGGCCGCCUCGCCGCCGGCGCAGACAACGAGCAAGCCAUGACACAAGCCUGGCACCAGAUUGUCGACACGCUCCGGCGGCUGCCGAGUGCCGCGGCGGGGAGAACAGGCAACGACGACGACCGCAAGGCGGCCAUCCUGGAGAAGGAGACGCUCGACCUCGCGCUCGAGCGGCUCGAGUACCUCAUCGAGCUGCGCAAGGGCGGCAACGCGCAAACAACAACCGAGACGCUCACGCCCCGCGUGUCCCCCGCGCCAGGCGACGGGCUGAUGACCCCGCCGUCGGGCGGGGGGCUGAAGCGCAAGCGGCGGCCAAGUGCGGGGGUCAGCGCGAGCCCCGCGCCGGCGCCCGUCGCGCCGCAGAGCACCGAGAGCGUGCUCUCGUCCAUCCCCUCCCCCCUGGCCGGCGGACGGGCCGGCACGCCGCUGUCCUCGCGCGAGCCAAAGCAGCGCAGAAUCGACAUUGCCGACCAGCUGCCGCUGCGGGCCGGCAGACGCAUCGCCGCCAAGUCCAAGACGGAGGAGGAGUGGAUCCUCGCCAUGGUCCGCAAGACGAUCGGCGGCGACAAGACGCGGUACGAGGUGCAGGACGCCGACGACGGGACCAAGUGGGUGACGUCGCUGCGGAGUAUCAUCCCCCUGCCGGACCGCGAGGCGCCGCCGGGCAGCUCGAGCCACCCGAGCAACCUCGAGGACUUUCCCCGCGGCUCGAGCGUGCUCGCGCUGUACCCCGACACGACGUCAUUCUACCAGGCGACAGUCGUGUCCGCCCCGCUGCCGGGCACGGGCAUGGGCCUCGGCGUGCGCGGCGGCAACGGGCGCGCCGACCCGGGCGCCAAGGCCGGCGUGUACAGGCUCUCGUUUGUCGACGACGGCGACAACGUCCCCGAGGUGGACAGGGAUCUCGUCGUCUUGCUGCCCAAGGACAAGUAG